GUACUUGACAGAUGUGAAGCUCACACGCUGAGGGUGUAAGUGUCAUUUAAACAACGAGAUCUCGUGUGGCGUUUCCACCUCUACACUCAAACCCAUUUUACAGCCGAGUACACAGCCACGACAGGUUGUGCGCUCGCCUGUCCCGAGAACUUGGAGCCAGCGCGGCUUUCUCCGGUAUUGCGAACAAGCUGGAUUCCCGGAGCUCUUCACCAUGUCUGGCUGGUUUUAGAUACUCCAUGGAGCAAGCAAACCUCUACGAGGUCGCCCCACGGCCACUGAUGACCAGCCUCGUACAGAGUCAGCAAAACGCCUAUCCCUACAAAGACAACGCUGGAGACCUGAGCGAGAUCUGCGAGAACGAGAACUCCAUCGACAUCAGCGCCUACAUCGACCCCUCUGCCUUCAACGACGAGUUCCUCGCUGACUUAUUCCACAACAGCUCCAAGCAAGAAAAGCUCAAACUGGCGAGCGGAGACUACGAGUACCCCCACGGCGUCAAUGGCACACCGGGGCCCCCGCAGAUGUACGGCUGCCUGAACGGCUACAUGGAUUCCUCCAAACUGGAGCCCAUCUACGACAGCCAGGCGCGAAUGAGACCCGUGGCCAUCAAACAAGAGCCCCGGGAGGAAGAUGAGCUCGGCCACUCGAUGCCCCCCACAUACCACCACUCUCAACACCACGCGCCACAUCUGUCGUACCUGCAGCACCAGAUCGCGCACUGCGCGCAAACCACCAUGCACCUCCAGCCGGGUCAUCCCACACCUCCCCCGACGCCCGUUCCCAGUCCCCAUCACCAACACAGCCACCUGCCCGGGGGCUCCAUGAAGAUGGGCGAUCGAGGGAAGUCCAAGAAACACGUUGACAAGAACAGCACCGAGUAUCGGCUGAGGAGGGAGCGCAACAACAUAGCAGUGCGCAAGAGCCGGGACAAGGCGAAAAUGCGCAAUGUGGAGACGCAACAAAAAGUGAUCGAGUUGUCGGCGGAUAACGAGAGACUGCGCAAGAGGGUAGAGCACCUAACGCGAGAACUGGAGACGUUACGGGGCAUCUUCAGGCAGCUUCCCGACGGCUCGUUUGUCAAAGCCAUGGGCAGCUGCGCCUAACGAAGCGAGCUGGACUUUUGAAGUAACUUUUGCGCGAUUUUUACGUCUGCUGGAUAAACGCCGACACAUUCUCAAAGUGUUUCUAUAGGAGUCAGGCAGCUGCGGUAUACAUGUGCCUUUUGUACAAAACAAACGAUAAGCUCAUCUCGUCACACGUUUGGACUUGGCUUGUUGUAGGUGUAGUCCUGUUAAGAGUGUGUUAGCUACGCGAAACAUAUCAGUGCAGCUAAUGGGCAUGAUUUUACCCUGUCAAAAUACUUUUCAUGUUAAGUUACCAGCUUUCGUACCCCCACCCCCCAUCCCCUCCUCCUCGGGUGACAUGCGCUCCCGAAGUACACUUUGCAGCGACACAAAAAAGGAAAAAAGAAAAAAAACUAUUCCCACCACACCUGUUGCUGCGUAACAUUCAGUGUAUGAUAUUGUUGAUUUAAACUUUUUGCAGGGGGUGAGGUGGAGUUGUUUCAUGGACGACAACAGGCAAAUGCCAAGGACUGGAACUGGUUUUUACUGUGGUAGGCUAUUUGUCAUUCAUAACGCAGACUGUAUGCACUAUGUCAUCCAUACUCGACCCGAGGAAGCGCAUUGCAUUGUGAACAUUUUUGCCAUGAUUUGGGUACUGAUCUGUAAAACGCUUGUCAGUAUACGCUUUUAGAGUAAACGCUUUGUAUUUAUGCAAUAUGAUUGAUAAAAAUGUGAAAGGGUGCAUAUCUCUAUGCAAUGUCUGUUGCUGUCAUGAGGAUAAUUCCGGUGGACGGUCACCGUGUGCUUUCUCACUGGUUUUGCAGUGAAGUCCUGUCUUGCUCUGUAAGCGUGUGCAUUUUAUGUGAACUGUUUUUUUUUGUUUGUUUUUUUUUUGUACAACAACACUCGAGCAGAGACCGCUUUCAGUGCCUUUUAAGUUUUUCCUGUUUUCAUCGUCAUCACUGACUGAACCUUUGGACAGAAAUAUACAGCAAGGAAAAGGAAGCACUUUUUUUACAAACGGCAUAUUGCAGAUGUUAUACGAAUGUUUAAUAUGUUUCAGUUUUAAAAUGAACAUUAUAUAUAUAUAUAUAUAUAUAUAUAAAUAUAAAUAUAUAUAUGCCAAAAAAUUAUGAAUUAAAACAUUGUCUUACUUA